AUUCGUUCUUGUUACGUUGUGAAUCUUUUUUUCCUCGUCUUUUCGGUUUCAGUGGCAGUCAUGGCUCGCCGUAAACAGGUCACGCCUUUGCAGAGGAUUGAUUCCGGCGAGAUCAUGCAGACGCCCUCGGACGAGCCUGAGCGUCGCGCAGUCUAUGGGAACGGGCACAUCUCGAGAGAGAGUCAGUCGCCUCAAAAGCACCGCAGGUCAUCGAUUUCUCGAGGCGCCGCCGCCGCUUCUCAGGCUUCUUCGUCAGGCGUGCUCACACUUUUGAUCUGCGUCGGCGGCAUAUAUGCGUCCUUCUUGACCUGGGGCCUCCUCCAGGAGCGUAUCACCACCACUCCCUACCCGGCCGACGGUUCUGCGCAGGCGCAGCAAGAGUAUUUCAGGUUUCCGAUCGUCCUCAACACCAUCCAGUCCUUCUUUGCCUUUACCAGCGGCAGUCUCUACCUGCUGUACAAGACGAGAUCCUUCCACAUCCUCCCUCGAAAGUCCGCCUUCGUCCCCUUGGUCCUCGUCACGCUGACCACGACCCUUGCCUCGCCGUUUGGCUACGCCUCGCUCGCCCACGUCGACUAUCUCACGUUCGUCCUCGCCAAAUCCUGCAAACUGCUCCCCGUCAUGGCCCUGCACGUCACUCUGUUCCGCAAGCGUUAUCCGCUGUCGAAAUAUCUCAUCGUCCUGGCCGUGACGGGCGGCGUCGCAGUAUUCACACUCUACCACCCCCCGAAGCCAGGAAAGACAACAAAGACACAGUCCUCGAGCAUCUACGGCUUGGCCCUUCUUGGUAUCAACCUGCUCUUCGACGGCCUGACGAACACCGUCCAAGACCACAUCUUCUCCUCCCCCCAUCGUUACGGCAAAACCUCUGGCCCACAAAUGAUGGUUAUAUUGAAUUUGCUGGGGACGUUGUCGAUAGGUGCAUAUCUCCUUGUCACGCCAUAUGUCCCCGAGCCUCUUAUACCGGCCUUUGUAAAGACCGACACCCAGGAGCUGGCGACCGCAAUGUCCUUCCUCGCCCGCCACCCGAAAGUUUUCUACGACGUCCUGGGUUUUGCUGCCUGCGGAGCCAUUGGCCAGUUGUUCAUCUACGCGACGCUGGAAAGAUUCUCGAGCUUGCUGCUCGUCACGGUGACAGUGACGAGGAAGAUGUUGACCAUGGUUCUGAGCGUCGUCUGGUUCGGCAAGAGUUUGAGCCAAGGCCAAUGGAUGGGAGUAGGGUUAGUGUUUGGAGGGAUCGCCGCGGAAGCAUAUAUUUCUCAUCGCGAGAAGAAGGAAAAGGAAAGAUCGAAGAAUAAACAAAAGUAGUCAUUGGUGACUGGUAGAAAAGAGACUUGCUCGCAUUUAGCAAUGUACUAUAGACUGAUAUAAUCGAAUAAUUUUCUGGCUCCUA